CCAUCCUUUUUCUUCCUCCAUUAGUUCCCAAACGCGGCGAUUUACUUUUGUGAGGUUUGUUAAUUUUAUAUCUUCAGGGGGGCAUCUGAGAGUGACAGAUUUGAUUCUCUCCCUAUUCACUGCUUCUUAUAAAACUCAUCCUCCUCAAAGAGUACUGUGGGCUUCCAAGAAAAGGAAAUAAACCUCAAAAAUUAAAGAGGUCAGAGAUGGGGAGGGUGAAGCUUCAAAUCAAGAAAAUUGAGAACACAACGAAUAGGCAGGUCACCUUCUCAAAAAGGAGAAAUGGGCUUAUCAAGAAAGCUUAUGAACUUUCUGUUCUCUGUGAUGUUGAUGUGGCUCUCAUCAUGUUUUCCCCAUCUGGAAGAGUCAGCCUCUUCUCUGGAAAUAAGAGGUCUGCUGGAGAUAUGGAUUCACCCAUCGAAGAGAUCAUGACUCGGUAUGUAAAUCUUCCUGAACAUGAACGAGGCCGGCUGCAUAAUCAAGAGUUCCUACAAAGGGCUCUUGGUAAGUUGAAAAGUGAAGCUAAUCGAACCUAUCAAGCUGCAGCCAGCCCGAUGAGUACAGAUUCCCAACUCGAGGAGAUUCAACAAGAGAUCCUCAAAUAUAAGUCCCAGUUGGAUGAUAUGCAGAAACGACUAAGGAUAUUUGAAGGUGAUCCUUCUGAGAUCACCACAGUGAGAGAGGUUGAGUACCGGGAGCAGAUCCUUGAGGAAACCUUGAAACAGGUUCGGUUUCAGAAGCAAGCUUUGGAGGAAAAGUAUAAUACUACAGAGCCGCAGCCAACUGCCCAAGUGCAUCUGCCUCCGGAGACUGCAAAUGUAAAUGGUUUUAUCUCAGGAAAUCCAAACAAUAUGUUGGAUUGGCUCCCACCAAGAGACCCACAAGUGCAGAUCCUGAAUUUUUUGGAUUCCAACGGUCUCCUCCCAAUGAGAGAGCAACCACAGCGCAUGGUUGAAAUCUUACCGCCAUCUUCAACCCUCCUUCCAGGACAAAACAUUCAUCUUGAGGAUCACAUGAGCCCGAGCAGCGGGAUGGAGGAAGAUAAUAAUGUGCAGCGUCCUCAGUUUGGCCCAGCUAUCGAUGUCAACCUUUCUCCAUGGGCUGAAUUUUAUCCGACAGCAGGGAAUGGCUCCUAUCCUGCAGCACAGCCCCGGGGACCGGCACUACUUGAACUGUUUCUGUCUCAGUUCACACCAUGAAUCAUCAACAUAUCCAUCCAUGGAGGUUGAAAUUCCCACUGGGAAAGGGUACUGGAAAGGCUUAGCUGAGGCCAUGAAGAUCUAUUCAAAUCAAACCUAUGAUCCCCGUCCUUAGCUUCACGUACGUAUAUAUAAUAUAAAAGAUGAAGGUUUAUAUACGUGGGAUUCAUCAAUCUUAAUUUGAAUAGUCUCUCUUUCGGGUUGACCCAAUGAUGUAUCCUCGGACCUCAGCCAUUUUAUGGGGUCUUCAAUUCCCACUCAUUUAGUUGGAUGCAAUUAAGUCUUCCACACCUUUGAAGCCAUUGCCUGCCCACCUGGGAUUCAUCCAUCUUAAUUUGAAUAGUCUCACUUUCGGGUUGACCCAAUGAUGUAUCCUCAGAUAUUUUAUGCAGUUGGAUGCAAUUAAGUCUUCCACACCUUUGAAGUCAA